ACCCCUGUCAAUUCAGACAACUGGGGUGGUGUCACCUUCUAGUUCUAGAUACAAAGUGACGGGGAGUUCCGUUCCGCGUCUUAUUCCUGAAAUUUUAAAAAAUAAUAGAAAGGGGUCAGUUAAAGAGUAAUUUACUGAAAAAUCAACGCAGAGUGAAUGCCUUGCCUUGGCAGUAUUUUGGCCGGUGGAGGGCAGGUGAAGGGCGUCGUCGGUCGGACUUGGCUUCAUUGCUUUGACUCUCUCUCUCUCUCUCUCGCCUCUCGGUUCUUUGAUUCGUUCGUUGGCCUGACGCUCCAGAAUCCGAUCCCGUUUCAACUUCUUUGUCUUCCUGAUUUCUGUCAACGCGAUAGGCUGAAAUUGUGCUAGUGUUGGAUUCGGAACUGUAGCUUUGUACGGUUUCCAGUUCGAUCGACUAGCGAAAGCCCUCUGAACACCGAUUCUGUUGUGUGCGUAUAUGGAAGCUUGAAUUUGAAUCGAGCGUAUUUGUCGGGAGGCACAAAAUGGGAGGGGUUUGUUCUUCCCGGAAUUCAGGACGUAAAGUUGACUAUUAUUCAGCGAAUCGUACAGUGUAUCAAUCAAAUGAAUUCAGGAAACAGAGAUUAUCGACUGACAUUAAGGUAGAAAUUCAGAGUGAUUCCGCUUAUUCUCCAGCAAGAGAUAGUAUGGAGGAGAGGCAACCACAAGACUGGAGGCUAUUAAAAGAAUCCACUUCGUAUCGUGAGAUGGGGGCCAGAAGUGGGUAUGCUAGCAGCGAGGAUGACUUUUAUGACGGGAUUCCACGCUUUCCGAGGGCUCUUUCCCUCAAGUCGAGAUCAUUCAGGUCUCGGCAGGCUGCAAAGGUUUCUGAGGUGAGCUCUCGCUUAGCUGGUAGUCUUGGGUUAGGGAAGGCUGUUGAAGUCUUGGAUACACUUGGAAGUAGCAUGACUGGUUUGAACCAAAGCAGUGGCUUUGUUUCUAAUGCAACAACUAAAGGCAAUGAACUUCAAAUUUUAGCAUUUGAGGUUGCUAACACAAUUGUCAAGGGUUCCAGCCUUUUGCAGUCUCUUUCAAAACGUAGCAUGCGGCAGUUAAAAGAAGUGGUUCUUGCUUCAGAAGGUGUGCAACAAUUAGUUUCAAAAGACAUGAAUGAACUCCUGACUAUCAUUGCCAGUGAUAAGAGGACAGAGUUAAGAAUUUUUGCAACAGAAGUAGUUCGUUUUGGAAAUCGUUGUAAAGAUUCUCAGUGGCACAACCUGGACCGCUACUUUGAGAAACGUGCUACAGAAGUUGCCCCUCCUAAACAGUUACAGGAAGAAGCAGAACAGAUGAUGGUACAAUUAAUGACCUUGGUUCAGUAUACAGCUGAGUUGUACCAUGUGUUUGAAGUACUGGAUCUGCUUAACCAUGAGUAUCUGAAUAAGCGUCUGGUAGAGUAUAAUUCAUAUGCUUCUCAACGAGGUGACAAACUUGCUGGCUUGAGGGCAGAAUUAAAAAACCAGAAGAAGCUAGCAAAAAAUUUGAAGAAAAAGUCACUUUGGUCCAGGAGUUUGGAAGAGGUCAUGGAGAAACUUGUUGACAUUGUCCUUUUUUUGAAUCGGGAGAUACACAAUGUCUUUGGCAAUGCUGAUGCAGAUAAACCAUCAGAAGGAUCUCCAGGCAAACAGAAAAGGCUGGGACCUGCUGGUCUUGAUCUGCAUUACGCAAAUAUAGUUAUACAGAUCGACACAAUUGUUGCCCGAUGCAAUUCUAUUCCUUCCAUUUUAAGAGAUACAUUAUACCAGAGCCUGCCACCAAGCAUGCGAUCAUCUUUGCGGUCCAAACUUCAGUCAUUUCAUGUUAAAGAAGGGAUGACUCUUUCAGAAAUUAAAGAUGAGAUGGAGAAAACACUGCACUGGCUAGUUCCCAUUGCCAUAAACACAGCAAAGGACCACCAUGGUUUCGGUUGGGUUGGAGAGUGGGGAAAUACAGGGCCUGAAGUGAAUAGGAAGCCAGCUGGGCCAAUGGAUGUGAUUCGAAUUGAGACUCUUCACUAUGCAGACAAGGAGAAGACAGAAGCCUGUAUCGUUGAGCUACUUUUGUGGCUAAAUCAUCUGGUGUACCAGUCCAAGGCUGCAGCAAAUUGUGGCAAGCCGAGACCACAAAACAGAUCCCCCGCUCGUGCAAAACUGCAAAAGACAAAUCAGCAGUCUGUUGAAUUGGCCAACAGUGCCCCAUCACCCACCAGAUCCACUGAAGACCAAGACAUGCCAAGGGACACAAGCAACAACGGAGAAAAUCAAGAAUAAGGAAAAACAACUCAAGAAAGCACCACAGACUACACAGAAGUUGGGAGAUGAGCAGAAGCAAACAACCAUUCCUAGUUAAGGGGGUUUAGUUUGAGUAUCUAAACCAUGCAAUGAUUCAUCCAGAGGUCUCCUUAUUAUACAGCCAGAUAAACAGAAGACUGAUGACGAAGAAGAAAGAGGCUUAUUUUACAUGUAUACAUGUAUUAUGGUCCCUGUUUUGUUGUAUAUCCAUCAGGUUAUAACACCUUUUAUUCAAUAUGCCUAUGUUGUAGAGUAUACAGGAAGACGAAUACUGCUAUUGUUACCUAAGGUUUCUUAUGGGAAGACAGAAAAAGGAUAAGCAAACGAUUGAGAUUAUGUACGAUCAAGCUACAUGCGUUUUGAUGAC